AUGACCCCUGUCCACCGUCAAAAGCCUAUAAUGGGCAUGCGAGCAUCAGAACUAGACCUUGGAGCAGUGGAAGAAGGAGCUUUGGGUGCCAUCAGCCCAUUCAUAAGACAUUAUGAAGGACUGUCCUAUGACCGGAAAGCUGUGCACAGAAAGCACCAACGAGCCAGGAGAGAAACCAACCCUCACAGUCAGGUGGUGCAGCUGGACUUCAGAGCUUUUAACAGGACCUUCAGGCUACGUCUGAAACGAGACACAACAGGAUUUUCAGAGGACUUUGAGAUCCAUUUAAAGCAGGGCUCCAAGCUGGCUGAUCUUUCUCACAUCUACUUAGGAGAGCUGGAAGAUGAAGGGGGUUCCUCUUGUCAAGGCUCCAUUCUUGAAGGGCAGUUUGAAGGCACUAUUCAGACAAGGAGUGGGACGUACUACGUUGAGCCUCUACACAGAUUUACCACCAGCCAGUCAGACCACCACUCUAUCAUCUACCAUGAAGACGACAUUGAUCCCAUCCGCCUGGAGAGAGGCCACGAUGGGUUCUGCGGUGCAGAACAGCUGCAGCAUUUUGCCCAACGCCUCAGACAGGAGGAGGCAGCUCAGGGGGAACCCGUGUCCAGGUCAAGGAGGACAGUGGACUACUCUAAGACCAGCUGUCUCCUCCACCUUCACGCAGAUCACCUCUACUUCAAGAGGUUCGGGAGUGUGGAAGCAGUAGUCGCUCAGGUUGCCGCCUACAUCAGAGCAGUGAACGACAUCUACGAUAAAGCAGACUUUAAUGGCAUCAAGUUAAUCAACUUCAAAGUGAAAUCUCUCACCGUCAUCACUGAAGAGGACCGCUCUAACCCUCUCCAUCGACCCUUUGUUGGUCCAGAGAAGCUCCUCAGCCUCUUCUCAGAGGCAAACUGGGGCAACUACUGCCUUUCCUACCUGCUCACCAACCGCGACUACAGCGGAGUGCUGGGAUUGGCCUGGGAGGGGAAGCCAGGAAACUCAGGAGGGAUAUGCUCCAAGUAUGUGCCAAUGCAGGAUGGCAAAAACUCUACUCUGAACACGGGCCUGAUCACACUGCAGAACUAUGGCCACUACCUGUCCCAGAGACAUGUCCAUCUGACCUUUGCCCAUGAGCUAGGUCACAGCCUGGGAGCCCCUCAUGACGAAGGCGAAGACUGUGGGAACCUGGGGUCCACUGGAGGGAAAGGCAGGUACCUCAUGUUUCCUCAUGCCACCAAUGAAGUUCAGGAGAACAAUGACAAAUUCUCCCCAUGCAGUAUUAAACACAUCAGUCGUAUCCUGGAAAUCAAGAAGGACAUGUGCUUUGUGGUCAGUGACCAGCCCAUCUGUGGAAACCAGAUUGUUGAGGAGGGUGAGGAGUGUGAUAUUGGACACAAUGAAGCAGAUCCGUGUUGCUAUAGUGCUACACAACCAGUGGGUGUCCAGUGUCAUCUGAAACCUAACAAGCUUUGCAGUCCCAGUCAAGGCUUGUGCUGCAGUGCCAGUUGUGACUUCAAACGCCAGGACGUUACCUGUGAAGAGGAGUCUGAGUGUCAGUUGAAGAGCCAGUGUUCUGGAACCAUGGCCACCUGCCCCACUCCUGGUGCCAAGCCCAAUAUGACAGCUUGUGGCCUGGGCACACGAGUCUGUAUCAGUGGGGAGUGCUCCCUGUCACUGUGUGUGAAGCAUGGGUUGGAGCAGUGUGACUGCCCUGGAGAGUCCAUGAAGGAGAAGUGCCACAUGUGCUGCCAAGAGCCAGGUAAGCCCAAAACCUGUGCAAGCACCACCUCCUCGGUUUUGUCCAGGUUCUUCCGAGGGGCCCGCAUUGCUCUGGUGCCAGGGGCUCCCUGCUCGGACAAGCAGGGCUACUGUGAUAAGUUCCACAUGUGCCGCCUGCUGGAUGCUGAUGGGCCCAUCGCAAGGCUGAAAAAUGCCUUUUUGCAUCUAAAUGAGUUUGACGACCUGGCAGAGUGGAUGAAGGCUCACUGGUGGGCAAUUCUCCUCGCCAUUCUCACUCUCUCAGCUGUGAUGGCAAGUACCGUCUUUCUGUUUGGGAGGGCCCUGGACAGCGAAGAGGCUGAGUAGACACCAUUGCACCUACUCCCAAAAAUAAAAAAAAACAGAGGCUGCUGCAAUACAGCAAUGCAAAGCUUGUCAUGGAUCAGCCAGGCCAUCUUUGUAUGUGAAUCAGUAGUGAAAGAGUGCAGAUGAUUUCAAACCACAAAUUCUUUCUAUUUUGCAGAUUACAACUUUGUACACAUUUAUCCAUUUCCAUAGUGAUACGCUCCAUGUCCAUAGCCACCAUAAUCUGUAGGUCAUUAUGCAUCCCAGCACAUCUGACAGCACUGCAUAUGAUGGGAACAUGUUUACAUUCCCAUGUGUGCUUUACUAUAAAACACACUGGGUCAGAUAUGGACGAGUCAUGUGCUUUGAGUGUAUACAUGUGACUCGGUUGCAUGUGCUCUCUUCUUUCACACUCGCUUGUCCAAACAUUGUGCAGUGUGACACAAGUCCUUGAAUGGACUUCAACUUGUUUGCUCUGUACAUAGCCAUCUGAACCUGAUGUCUAAUUUAAGGUUUGACAAUCUUCCAGGUUUCCACAGUUGUUACAUUACAAUACUGUGGUAGCUUCUUAGUGCUCAACCAGUAUGGAGGGUAGGACAAAUGAAAGUAAAAAAAAAAAGGAGCAGUCAUUGAUGAAUGCCAUUGAGCACGAUGUAGUUUGCAGGCCUGGCUGCGGUCAUCGUGGUGCAGGUUGGAUAUUGCUAGAAGGUGGUUAGAUAAGGUUGGCAACGCAGUUGAAAAGGAACACAAGGCCUCACACCUUCAUUCAACGUGUACCUUUCAGUUGUGCAAUUUUGAUGACAAGCCGAUGUCAGCUGUGUUUGUCUCGUCAUCCUCACACUUCAAAAGUAAAUGAUGGGUUACCAUACUGAACUGAACUCGUGGCAUGAAGUGCUGCACAAAUGGCACUUUCCAUUGCCUCAGAGGCACCUGCCUGACUCUAUCGUUCUUGGAAAAACGAUAAAGGUUGUUCUGUUGCGUCCUUGGUUGACAAGUG